AUCCCCCCCCCCCUCCACACCCGGUCUCUCUUUGUGUACGGGCGUUAAGUCUGCGUUCUUUGGCUCUUCCUACAACGGGGGAGUGAAGAUCGUCUGUGCCCCACCACGCACUCCUCCGGCUGAACCGCGCCGGCCGGACUCCAUCAGUGAGGUAGUAAAGAACCCGCAUUGAGCCGCAGCCAUGGAUGAGUGGGACGUGCCCCAGAUGAAGAAGGAGGUGGACAGCCUCAAGUACCAACUGGCCUUCAAACGGGAGAAGUCUUCCAAAACGGUGACUGAUUUGGUGAAGUGGAUAGAGGACGGCGUCCCGGAGGAUCCCUUCCUGAACCAGGAGCUCAUGAAGAACAACCCGUGGGUGGAGAAAGGAAAGUGCAUCCUUCUCUAGAAGAAGCCAUCCAGCACCGCCACGACCUUUCACCUUUAACCACUCUGACCAACACGCACCUACAGAUGACCCCCGCCCCCUGGACCUGACCCCCCUGCUGGGCCAGCGCCCCCUACGCUCUCACCUUGAAUGUACAACAGCUGAUGUCCCUCCCUCUCCCUAAUUUCCCAACACACGCACUCCAACAAGGGCACAAAGACACACACACACACACACACACACACAUAAAACUCCCGCCUCACACCCACUGCAAGUUUAUUCCUGCAUAUGAUAUAUGAUGAUCAAUACUCUUAUUACAUGUCUCUGUAUGAUAUAUGAUAUUUAUGCCAGUCAACACGCUUUCUACAACUCUGCAUUGUGUGCAUAGCAGCUUUGUAUUUAUUUUUGUCUUCCAUUUUUGAUAUGUCGCGAUUUAGCGCCACCGUCUGACUGCCAAUCAUCACCACUGCAGGUCUGCUGGGGGAAUUUGAGAUAUUUAUACCACUUACAAACCAAAACAAGGUUUUGAUACUUUGAGAGGUAAUUUGAGAGUUGAGCGAUUUCACAACUUUGUGGUUGACAAAUGUAACGAGAACCUAUGAUGAUUCCUAAUAUAAAAUAUACAGUAUACUAAUACACUAACUACUUGCUUGUAUAGGCAGACAAUAGUUUUACUUCCCCAAAGACAUCUGUCUGAUAGACCCCACAUGUAAAGGAGAUUAAGUAGAGUAUUAGAGUAUUACUCCACACUACAGGGUGGGGGAUGCGUAUCCUGGAAAGGUUAUAUUUACAAAUGAUUAACCAAUUGCACAACCGUGUUAGUGUGUUAGCCACAAAUCUAACUACCGAAUUAAGGCACCGUUGCAGAUGCGAUUUUGGAAAGACGACAACACACACACACACACACACACACACCAGCUCUCUCCACUGUACAGACUGACCCCUCUAACUUAUUGACCUUUAUUUAUUUGUUUAUUUAUUUAGGAGCCCUUUCUUGUCAUCUGGGAUUUUGUGGCCUCUUGACACCACAAGAAAGAAAAAGAAUAAAAAAAGACAACACCUUGCCGAUCACCAUGUACUACUGCCUUGUGCACAGUUUACUUAAAACAAGAAUGUAAUUACGUGGCAUGAUAACCACUGACCUCACAAUCGGCCUCUGUGUGCGUCCACGUGACCGUAACUGUGUUCGUGUGUGUUCCUUCGUUUUGUGUGCAUAAAUUAAACGUUAGGUUCUUGUGGAUUGCUGCCACAGGCCGGCCGAAGGCAGAGAAGAUACAACAUCUCACACACACACACACACACACACACACUGCUUAUCGAGAAUGUGUAUCAGGGAGGAGUGGGAGGGAUGUGGAAUUGUGCAGAAGACUUGGGACAGGAAGCCUCACAUCAUCUCACUACUGUAGAGAGUCUCGUGAGACACACUUUCCUCUAGAUGACCCGUUUCCCCGCAGGCUACUCAGCGUUUAACAGAACUUCAGCUAUUUAAUUUCCCCUCUAAAAAGAAAUCCUCCAAUUCAACAAGUAUUCAAUCCGCGCAAACCGCCCCUACAACUCUUUAGGGUUUUUAUCAAACAUGCUAUCCUCCAUCUUAGACCUGCACUUCAUAGGGGCUGUUUAUAUGUAAAAAAAAACACAUCCCUGCUGUUACUACAUGUUGUUACUACAUGUUGUUACUACAUGUUGAACACGUCCGACGAGCACAGAUUCCAUCCAAUCAUACUGACAGGUUUUAGAUUUAUAGAAAUAUUCUUUGUGAACAAAACAAAGGAAAAUGUAAAAGUUGUGUGACGGUAGCUGAAGAGACGCCAGAGAAUUACGAUAAUUAACAAUAAGCACAUAUGCAACACGACGACUCCGGAUGGAGCCGUUUCUGGGGCUCCAUGUUUCACUGGCAUGUACGGUAUGCAGCGUUCUCAAUUUGGUUUCAUUUUAUUUGAACUUGUAUUUACUAGUUGACAGACUGAUACUUAAUAUAUGUGUAACUCCUUGAGUAAUGCAUGCAGGAGGGGCCUCUGUGGUAUAAGGAUGUCCGGGGCUUCAGGUUUGUAGCUUUUCCAGCGUUAGGCUUAACUUUAUUCCCUCCGCCGACAUCAUCAGGUCUUUUCUCGCUGGAAAAGCAACAAAUGCUGCGCCAAAAGAACGGGAGAGGAUUUCUGAGGCCGCCUGUCCCUUCUCUGUUUUUCUGUUUAGCAACUUUGUUUGAUUUGUUUUGAUAUAACCCGAAACAUACGUAUGUACGUUAUUACUAUUAUAGUGACAGCAUAAGAUUUUAUCAAGCAACAUAUUCCUUGUAACAGUGCUUUGGAAAACAACCUAAAUUAUGCAUCAGAUCAAGCCCUAGUGUAAAGAUGACAAUGAGCAAUAAAUUGAUCAUUUUUUAUUGGAUGUUUUACAAAAAACAUUUAUCUUAAUGAAUAAAGUAGAACAUUUUUAGA